CUCUUCCUCUGAAGCUUCACAUCGCUGCUAGGGUUUUAGGGAUCACCACAUUCACACACUUCUCUCAAGAAAUUCAGCCAAGAUGAAGACUAUUCUGUCCUCAGAAACCAUGGAUAUUCCUGACGGAAUCACCAUCAAGGUGAAAGCAAAGCAAAUCGAAGUUGAAGGACCAAGGGGCAAGCUCGUACGUAACUUCAAGCAUCUCAAUCUGGAUUUUCAACUAAUCAAAGAUGAGGAAACAGGACAGAAGAAAUUGAAGGUUGAAGCUUGGUUUGGAUCUCGUAAAACAACUGCUGCUAUCCGUACAGCGCUUAGCCAUGUUCAGAAUCUUAUCACUGGUGUUACUAAGGGGUAUAGGUACAAGAUGAGGUUUGUGUAUGCUCACUUUCCUAUCAAUGCUUCCAUUACUGGUGGUAACAAGUCCAUUGAGAUCCGUAACUUUCUCGGCGAGAAAAGGGUUAGGAAAGUUGACAUGCUUGAUGGGGUAGCAGUUGUUCGAUCUGAGAAGGUUAAGGAUGAGCUUGUAUUGGAUGGAAAUGACAUUGAGCUUGUCUCUCGCUCUGCAGCUCUCAUUAACCAAAAAUGCCAUGUGAAGAACAAGGAUAUCCGAAAGUUUCUUGAUGGUAUCUAUGUCAGUGAGAAGGGUAGAAUUGUUGAAGAAGAAUGAGUACUUUACAAGUAGGCAUGUUGGUGAUGAUCCAUUUCCCAAAUGCUCGUUUUACCUUAUCUUUUAAGUUCAUUUGGAGACUAUAUAUCACAGACUUGUUUGAAGUUCAGUUUUCUAGGUCUUGUUUUGAAAUUUUGUUGACAAAGUGGAUUUGGUUAUUUCAAUUGUGCCAAAUGUUUCAGUUCCUGUUAUCUUUGGGUGAGAAUUGUUUGAUUCUAAAAUUUAAGGGCAUGAUUAUUGGAA